AUGCCACCACUUCAAUAUCCAGAAAUUAUGAAAUCACCAACAUUAUUUUCAUCUAUAAGUGAUUUAACACUUUCUAUUGGUAAUAAUAGUUCUUUUAAAAUUGAUUCAAAAUUUAAAGUAAUUUUUGAUAAUCCAAGAAUUUGUCAAUUUUUAAAAAUAGAUUUAUUAGAUUUUUCAACAAGUAUGCCAAUUAAAGAAUAUAAAUUUGAAAAGAAAUCAACAUUAUAUAUUAGAAUUAGAUGUAGAGCUAAACAAAAUUCAACAAUACCACAAGAAUUAUAUUCACAAAUUAAUUCACCAAAUCAAGAUUUAAAUGAUUUAAAAUUAAUUCAUUUUGGUAAAUUUAUAUUUGAAUCUUCAAAUCAACCAAAAGAAGUAUUUGAUAUAUUUGGAAGUAUUGUACAAUAUCCUUCAUUUUCACUUUCAUUAGAAAAAUUAGAUUUUAAAUUACCAAAUAAUUAUUUUGAAUCAACAAGAACAUUAUCAGAAUCAUUUACAAUUAAAAAUGUAAAGAAAUAUGAAGCUUUAUAUUUUAAAAUUAAGAAACAAUUCUUUACAUUUUCAACUAAUAAUUUUCAAGAUGUAAAUGAUUCAACUAUUAAUUUAGAUGGUAUUAAUAUUACUAUAUUUCCUGAAAAGGGUUUAUUAGAACCUGCUUUAUCAACUGUUAUUAGCGUUUUUAUUGAUUAUUCAUCUAUACAAGAUAGAGAACAAGUAUUGGAAAAACUUUCAUUAUUGAGAAAAUAUUGUCAAUUAUCUGUUAUUGAUGAUAAUGCUCCAUUAACUACUCAAUCUAUACAUUUAAAUGUUAAAGCAGUUGAUUAUUUUAAAUCUUUAACUAUUGAUAGUAAUAUUAAUAUUAAUAAUAAUAAUAUUAGUAAUAAUACUUUGAAUAGUGGAAGUACAAGUGUUGAUAUAUUGACAACACCAACACCAACAUUAUCAAAUUUGGAAUCAAGUACACCAACUCCUCUAAAUAGUAGUAAUAGUCCUGGAGGUAGUGCUGCUAAUAUAACCAAUACCAAUACAUCUACUACUACUACUAAUACAAAUACAAAUAAUACAAAUAAUACAACAAAUAAUUCAAGUAUAUUAAUAUUAAAAGGAUGUAGACAAAUAGAUAAAAAGAAUAGAUAUGAAAUUGAAUUGAGACAUCGUAGAACAUUAUCAAGUAAAAUAGUUGAAAGUAAAAUAACAUUAGAAAAUCCAACACCACAAGAUGUUAAAUAUAGAAUAUUUUCUAUAUCAGGUAAAAUUAAUACACAAUCAUCACCAUUUAAAAUUAGUCAUACAAGUGGUUUAAUUGAUCAAUUUGAUUCACAUCAAAUAACAUUUACAUUUAAAACUGAUAGUAUUGAAAGUUUUACUGAUUAUAUUGUUAUUGAAAAUUUAAAUAAUCCAUUGGAUUUUAAAACUUUGAGAACAAGUUUGGAAAUUUUAAGUGAAAUUGAAGAUCCUGAAAAAUUAUUUGAUAUUAGAGUUGAUGGUAAUGAUGAAUCUUUAUUAAUUAAUGAUAAUUCAUCUAAUAAUAAUAAUAAUACAUCUAUUAAUAAUAAUAAUUCAUCUAAUAGUAAUAAUAGUAAUAAUAAUGAAAAUUAUUUGAAAAUGAAUUUAGGAACAGCAUUUAUUGAUACAUUAAUUAGACAUCGUUUUAUUGAUAUUGUAAAUUUAACAAAUGAUACACCAUUGGAAUUCUUUUUUACAUCUAAUCAUAAUAUUGAAACAACAGAAUUACAUUUUUCACUUUCAUUAACAUCAUUAAAACCAUUUUAUAGUUUACGUGUUGAACCUAAAUCUAAAACACGUGUCUAUUUAUUAUAUAAAGUAUCAUCAUCAUCAUCAUCAUAUAAUGAUAACAAUAAUAAUAACAAUAAUGAAUAUAACAAUAAUAAUGAAUAUAAUAAUAAUAAUAAUAAUAAUAAUGGAGAUAAUGAAAUAUUUCUAGAUGAAUUUGAAAUAUUUAUUAAAUGUAAAUUACUUAAAGAUUAUCAAAGAAUGAUAAAAGUAACAUCAACAUGUGUUAAACCACAAAUGUAUUUAACAAAACAAGAAGUAACAUUUAUUGGAAAUGAUAAUAAUAUAAUGAUGGAUAUAAAUGGAAAUACAAUAGAUAAAUAUCCAAUUACAUUAAAGAAUUUAUUUAAACAACCAUUAUUAUAUAUUAUUAGAGAUGAUUUUUGUAAAUUAUUUAAAAUACAAGUAGAUACAAAUAAUUAUAUUACAACAGAUGAAUUUAAAAUAUAUACAAUACCACCUGAAUCAAGUCAUACAAUUGUAAUUAAACCAAUUUUAUCAGAAUUACUAAAAAUAGAAACUAAAUAUAUUGAAGAACAUUUAUUUAUUUAUAAUUAUGAUAAUAUACGUGAAAAGAAAUUAUUAACAAUUAAAUUUUCAAAAGGAUUAUCAAUUACACAAUUUUAUUCAACACCUGGUUCAAAAUCAUCACCUGUUUAUAAUGCAUUAGAAGAUUCAAUUGUUUUUACACUUACUAAAUUUAGAAAAUAUGGUGAAUAUUAUUUAUCAUUAAAAAAUUUAGAUGAACAACAAUCAAAAAAUAUUACCAUUGAUAUUAUUAAUGAUAUUUUAAAACAAAAAGAAUUUACAUUUUUAUAUUAUGAUAUUAGAUUUUUAACAGAUGAAUUAGUAUUUUGGGGUUUAAAAGGAAAUGUUGUUGGUAAAUUAAUUUUUGAUUUGGCAAAUUUACUUUACAUUUCUUUAUUUAAAUUUGGUUCUAUUUUUUUAUUUCCUUCUUUUAAUAAUAAUAGUAAUAAUAUUAAUAAUAAUAAUAAUAAUAGUAAUAGUAAUAAUAGUAAUAAUAAUAAUAAUACAAGUGAUAAGAGACAACUUUUUAAUAAUAGAUCAAAUAAUGACAUGAUUAAGAAAUGGUUAGGACAAUUAUCAUACUUCCUUUCUUAUUUCCAUGGUGAAGAAGCAAUUGAAUUGAGACAAUUAUUAGAUCAUUAUUUAAAAAGAUUUUUAAAUUAA